GGAUUCGCCCAACCGCGCUUAGACGUACCCGCCCCGCACCAACCGAUAACCUCAGGAGACCAAACAAAUGAAAAUGGAACCAGUUCAGCCAACAGCCCCUGUCUGCCCUCGUUUGUGGGCACACACGCUGCUGUCCUGGGCGCGAUGCCUGUGAUGCCACAGACGUGUGCAUUCGUCACCGAACCGAUCCCGACCACCGCGCACGUCUGCCCCAUCCAAAAACAAACUACUUUGGGCGAUUCGACGGCCUAUCAAGUGCUCCUAACCAGUUUAAAUGAUGGGAAUGCCGCGCUCGGAAAAGCCACGGCCAUCACCUACGUCAAUCAGCCCAUGUUUGCCAACUCAUUCCCCGAUAGUCUGUCUUUAGCCCCCGGAAAUGGGGCAACCGGUAAAUUUGGAUCGAAUGUAGCCGCAAUGCAAGCGCCUUUACCAGUCAGUUCGGCAAAUACCGCAGCCAGUGGGAAAAAUGGAACCUGUGGGAGUGGUGGUGGAUCGCAUCACGUGGAUCGACGCCACACGGACAGCAAUUACGACUAUAUUGUACGGCCUGGCGAAAUGUGGAUGGGUCAGUAUCUGAUUAACAGUUUGAUUGGCAAAGGAUCAUUUGCAAUUUAUAGCUCAUCGUUCGUGUUUUCUUCCGUCCCGUCCCUGUUUCAGGUCAUGAAAGCGCACAACUGUCUAACAAACGAGGAUGUUGCAAUCAAAAUCAUUAAGAAUAAACGUGCGUUUACCAAUCAAGCUCAGGUUGAGAUUCGUUUAUUACGUGAGAUGAAUCGCUAUCAAGAGGAGGCGGAAGUGACCGGGGAGCCCGCACCGCCUGGCGCGAACUAUAUCGUCCGCCUACUAUCUCACUUCACAUUUCGAGGACACUUAUGUCUGGUGUUCGAACUGCUCUCAUACAAUCUUUACGAUCUGUUGCGCAAUACCAAUUUUCGUGGAGUGUCACUCAAUCUGACCAGAAAAUUCGCUCUACAAUUAUGCGGUGCAUUGGAAUUUUUAUCCCGUCCCGAACUACGCAUUAUUCAUUGUGAUCUGAAACCGGAAAACAUACUCCUAGUCAAUCCGAAGCGUUCAGCCAUCAAACUGGUGGAUUUUGGCAGUUCAUGUCAUGUGAAAGAGAAAGUGUAUCAGUACAUUCAGUCCAGAUUCUAUCGAUCACCGGACGUUCUUCUCGGUCUGGACUAUACUAUGAGUAUUGAUAUGUGGUCACUGGGUUGUAUCUUGGUCGAAUUGCACACAGGUGAACCGUUGUUCGCCGGACAAAAUGAGGUGAGUUCUUUCGUCCACCGGACAUUCUUUUACCUUAGUUUUACAUAA